AUGGUUUUUGAAUAUGCUGAAGGAGGAGAUUUCAAUAAUUAUUUAAAUAAGAAUUAUGAAAAGUUUGAUUGGUUUAAUGGAUUAAAGGUAUUGAAUAAUAUUGCUAAAAGUCUUAAUGGAAUUCAUCAAAAGCAGAUGGUUCAUCGUGAUUUUCAUACAGGAAAUAUAUUAUUUAUGAAUAAUAAUUUAGCACAUAUUUCUGACAUGGGGUUAUGUAAAAAAAUUGAUGAUAUUAAUGAAGCAAAUAUUUAUGGAGUUAUGCCAUAUGUAGCUCCCGAAGUGUUAAAAGGAAAGCCUUAUACUCAAGCAGCAGAUAUAUAUAGCUUUGGUAUGAUUAUGUAUGUUGUAGCAACUGGAAGACAACCUUUUGAUGAUUGUGCUCAUGAUGAGUUUUUAGUAUUAAAAAUAUGUAAUGAGAUUAGACCUGAGAUAAAUGAAAAAAUUGCACCAAAAUGUUAUAUUAAUUUAAUGAAAAAGUGUUGGGAUGGAAAUCCAGGUAAUAGACCAAAUUCUAUUGAAAUAAAAGAAAUGAUUGAAUUAUUUUAUAAUUCAUUAGAUCAAAAAAAUAGAGAAUAUCAAAAAAGUAUACUAAAAAAUAUACAACAACUUGAUGAAAUUAAGGAAAAAUUUGAAGAAACACAAGAAUAUAGAAAAGAAUAUCUUUUAUCAAUUAAGAAAAACAAAUCAACUACCCAUACACAAGCUAUUUAUAGAUCUCGAUUACUUAACCCUUAUACAAAAAAUAUUUCCAGUACAGUAGAAAUUACUGAUUUUACAAACUUGUAAAUUUCUUAGAAAUAAUGGUCUAAAUUUUAAUGUAAAAGGAGUGUUAAAAGCUCAUUUAUAUAUCAUGAAGUAAUUUGCCAUAUUUUAGUUUAACAGCCAAAAAAAAAGGAAAGAAAUAUUAAUUCCAGAUAUAAGAACAACUUACUUUGCUUAUUCGAUUUUUUGUUUUUCAUUUUUUGCUCAUCAUUUUUUGUUACCAUUUAUUAUUUAAAAUAUAUACUAGUUAGCUUUUG